CUUGAUUCGGCUUAAGAGAUUUCAGUUUUCGAAACGAACCUCAGUUGAGUCCCCGAGAUACUGAGUGGAUGCACUGCAGUCUGAGUUUCAAGUUUUCAGACAUGGGUUUCAGGCGUAAACCAUUUCUCCUCCUAUUUGUAGCCGCCAUACUUCAGGUGCAGUUUCCUCCAUGUGCCUCCGAUUCAACUCAAAAUGACGGUCUGGAUCUCAAAGAUGUCCAGCUAGCCGGACCAUUGGCGAAUCAACUACCAACGCAGGCGGCUCCCGACAAGAAAGCAGAGAUUUCAGCAAAGAUAAAAGCCAAACUCGCAGAGAUGGAAUCCUUGAGGAAAGAGAAGGAAGAGCUUCAGAGAGCGCAGCACGAGGAGAUCCGCGCUAAAGCAGACGAGCUGAACACAGAAUUCCAGGCUGAAUUGAAGCUACAAAACGAGGAGAGAGUCAAGAUCAGUGAAAUCCAGAAAAAAGCCCAGGAGGGUUACAGAAAAAUCGAUCGUGAAAUUCGAGAGCUUAUCAGGGAAGUGAGACGAAACAGACGUGAUGCGGAAAAGAAGGCAGACCUGGAAAAACAGCUGGCACAAAAGAGGGAGGAACGUACGGCGCUGGAAAACGAGACUAAAAAGAGUAGGAACGCUAUUGCGGAUCAGAGGAAAGUCCGAGUUGAUGCUCUGCAAAAGAAGUCUGAUGAGAUGAUGGCCGAGAAAAGGAAGUUGGAGGAGGACACGCGCAAGGAAGUCCGUGAGAUUGAGAGAGAGCUAAAAUCCGUGCUGGAGGAAUUAUCGCAACUGCGAAGAGAUUUCAGGAGAGCGAAUUGGGGAUUCUGAGGACAUUAUUUUUGAAUAACUUCGAGUUUCAAAAAAACCAAAUUGCAAAAUGCAGUCCAAAUAUCGACGGUGAAACUGCCAAACCUUGUAUCUCGGUCUGCGAUGUUGAAGAAUUCCUGUCAUACUUUAUUUUUUAAAUAAAGAAGUACUCAGCGUCAAUUCUUGAAAACUUCCAUGGUUUUCCCUCUAUAAGCGAAGAAAACUCUGCACUAAUUUCAAUAAAUGAUAUUGAUUUGUUCUACUUCAAAAAAAAAAAAAUAAUAAAAUGAGAGCGGAGAUUUUUUAACAUCGCAAACGAGAUACGUAGUCUCGUAGUUUCACCAUCGAUGUGUUUUUGAUCCUACAGAGGUCUUCAGAAACGGCUUUUGACUAUUUCAUUGUUUUCUCCUUUAAAAAUAUAAAGUAGGCAUGUUCAUGAGGCAUUGUUGUACAGGGCUGUAAUACGUAGGGUUUGCAGAGUAGUGAAAUGUUGUUUUUGAUUUGCUAAAGUUUCAUAAGAACCAAUUAUGUUUUUUGUCUCAAAGGGGUUUUGAAAACUGACAUGCAACUAUUCUGAAGUGUUCCGUUCUAUUCUUUCUAAAAAAUAUAAAAAUAGUAUUUACUCCUUGAGUAUUAUUCGAACAAGAUUAUUAAGCGCUUCAGUAACCGUUGCUCUGUUUGUAUAAAAAUAUGUAGCCUAUAAACUGUGUUGAAUGCUUUUCUUUUUUAAAAAUAUAGCAAGCAAAAUGAAAUUUACUUGAAAUCGCA